UAUUGCUCGGUCUGUGCGGUCAAUUUGGUGAAAAGUCCUUAAGAUCAAGAAGGAAAUAGGAAUUUCCUUAUGUGUUAGAUGAAAUGAUUUAUAUUAAACCAAGGCAAAGGUGGCUCCUGGUACUGAUGUGCCUGUUGAGCGGUUGGAAUAAGGAGAUCGCUGCUCAAACAACCCAGAAUAUUAAUGUUUUGUUUAUCAAUGAGGUGGAUAACGAACCGGCGGCCAAGGCGGUGAAUGUGGUGCUCACCUACUUGAAGAAGAACAUCCAACUGGGUCUCUCCGUGCAACUGGACACCAUUGAGGCAAACAAAACCGAUGCCAAGGUGCUGUUGGAAGCAAUUUGCAAUAAGUAUGCCUCUAGCAUUGAGAAGAAACAAACGCCUCACUUGAUCCUGGACACCACCAAGUCGGGCGUGGCCUCGGAAACGGUCAAGAGUUUCACCCAGGCUCUGGGCUUGCCCACCAUUAGUGCCUCCUAUGGUCAGGAGGGUGACCUUAGGCAGUGGCGUGAUUUGGAUGAGAUAAAGCAAAAAUAUCUGCUGCAGGUGAUGCCACCAGCAGACAUAAUACCCGAGGUUAUCCGGAGUAUAGUGAGGCGUCUCAACAUCACCAAUGCUGCUAUCCUGUACGACGACACCUUUGUGAUGGAUCACAAGUACAAAUCCUUGCUGCAGAAUAUCCAAACCCGUCAUGUCAUCACUGCCAUUGCCAAGGAUGGCAAACGAGAGCGCGAGGAACAGAUCGAAAAGCUGCGUAACCUCGAUAUUAAUAACUUCUUUAUUCUGGGAAAUCUGCAGUCCAUAAGCAUGGUCCUGGAGUCCGUUAAGGCGGCAUAUUUUGAGCGUAACUUUGCCUGGCAUGCCAUUACCCAGAGUGAGGGCGAGGUGAGCAGUCAGCGUGAUAAUGCCACCAUUAUGUUCCUGAAACCCAUGGCGUAUACGCAAUUUCGAGAUCGUUUGGGUCUGCUGCGUACAACUUACAACCUGAACGAGGAACCGCAAAUAGCAUCGGCUUUUUACUUUGAUUUGGCUUUGAGAAGCUUCCUUACCAUCAAAGAAAUGCUUCAAUCGGGCGCCUGGCCCAAGGACAUGGAGUAUCUGAACUGUGACGACUUCCAAGGCGGAAAUACACCCCAACGCAACCUGGAUUUGCGGGAGUACUUCACCAAGGUUACCGAGCCGACAUCAUAUGGAAUGUUCGACCUGGUCACGCAACCCAAACAGCUUUUCAAUGGCUACAGCUAUAUGAAAUUUGAAAUGGAUAUAAAUGUGCUCCAGAUACGGGGCGGUAGUUCGGUGAAUAGCAAAUCGAUUGGCACCUGGACAGCAGGUCUAGACUCACCCAUCGUCGUCAAGGACGAGGAGCAGAUGAAGAAUCUAACCGCUGAUACGGUAUAUCGUAUCUUCACAGUUGUGCAAGCUCCCUUUAUCAUGCGCGAUGAGACGUCGCCAAAGGGCUACAAAGGCUACUGCAUUGAUCUGAUCAAUGAGAUUGCCGCCAUUGUUCAUUUCGAUUACACCAUCCAGGAGGUGGAGGAUGGCAAAUUUGGCAACAUGGACGAGAAGGGAGAAUGGAAUGGGAUUGUCAAGAAGUUGAUUGAUAAACAGGCGGAUAUCGGUCUGGGCAGUAUGUCUGUGAUGGCAGAACGUGAGAUUGUCAUUGACUUUACUGUGCCCUACUACGAUCUGGUGGGGAUUACCAUCAUGAUGCAGAGACCCAGCUCACCCAGUUCGCUGUUCAAGUUCCUCACUGUCCUGGAGACCAAUGUGUGGCUCUGCAUCCUGGCUGCUUACUUCUUUACCAGCUUUCUCAUGUGGGUCUUUGAUCGCUGGAGUCCUUAUAGUUAUCAGAAUAACAGGGAGAAGUACAAGGAUGAUGAGGAGAAGCGAGAGUUUAAUCUCAAGGAAUGCCUCUGGUUCUGCAUGACUUCGUUGACGCCGCAAGGUGGCGGUGAGGCUCCCAAAAAUCUUUCAGGACGUCUUGUGGCCGCCACUUGGUGGUUGUUUGGUUUCAUCAUCAUUGCCUCGUACACCGCCAACUUGGCUGCCUUCUUGACCGUCUCCCGUUUGGAUACGCCCGUGGAGAGCCUGGAUGACCUGGCCAAGCAAUACAAAAUCUUAUAUGCUCCACUCAAUGGCUCCUCGGCCAUGACAUAUUUCGAGCGUAUGGCCAAUAUUGAGCAAAUGUUCUAUGAGAUUUGGAAAGAUCUUUCCCUAAAUGAUUCCCUUACCCCGUUGGAGCGUUCCAAGUUGGCUGUUUGGGAUUAUCCUGUUAGCGACAAGUACACCAAGAUGUGGCAGGCCAUGCAGGAGGCGGGACUACCAGCAACUCUGGAUGAGGCGGUGGCCAGAGUUAGAAACUCUACAGCGGCCACUGGAUUCGCUUUUCUGGGCGAUGCCACCGAUAUCCGCUAUCUGCAGCUGACCAACUGUGAUCUGCAGGUGGUGGGUGAGGAAUUCUCCCGGAAACCCUAUGCCAUCGCCGUUCAGCAGGGCUCACAUCUCAAGGAUCAGUUCAAUAAUGCAAUCCUCACGCUUUUGAACAAACGACAAUUGGAGAAGCUCAAGGAGAAGUGGUGGAAGAAUGAUGAGGCCCAGGCCAAGUGUGAGAAGCCAGAGGAUCAAUCGGAUGGCAUAUCCAUUCAGAAUAUUGGUGGCGUCUUCAUUGUCAUCUUCGUGGGUAUUGGCAUGGCCUGCAUCACACUGGUGUUCGAGUACUGGUGGUACAGAUACCGCAAGAAUCCACGGAUCAUCGAUGUGGCCGAGGUCAACGGCGAUCAUUCGAAUGUCAAGGAUCAACCGGGCAAGCUGGUCGAUGGCGUUAUCCUUGGCAACUCGGGCGAGCGUUUUGAGAAAUCAAAUGCUGCACUGCGUCCGCGCUUUAACCAAUAUCCGGCCACCUUUAAGCCGCGUUUCUAGAAGAAAAAAGAACUCUCAUCGAGUUAAAAAAUAAAUAGUAAUCUAUAAGUGUAGAGCACUGGGAUGUCUACGUCUAGAAAAUAAGCAAUUUUGAACA